GGGUUUGCGUCGGAUUGGAUUACCUUGGGGCAAACAGCCAGGGCAGACUCGAUGCGCGGAGAGGGAGGAUGACAUGAUCUCGGAGAUCGCUUUCGCCGAGGCGGAGCUCGAUCGAGCAUGCACCGAAGGAAAACUCGAUGCGAGGAGAGGGAGGAUGAUCUGAUCUAGGAGAUCAAUUUCGCUGAGGCUGAGCUCGAUCGAGCAAGCACCGAAGGCAGAGUCGAUGCGAGGAGAGGGAGGAUGAGAUGAUCUCGGAGAUCGCUUUCGCCGUGGCGGAGCUCGAUCGAGCAAGCACCGAAGGCAAAGUCGAUGCGAGGAGAUGGAGGAUGAUCUGAUCUAGGAGAUCAAUUUCGCUGAGGCUGAGCUCGAUCGAAGGCCUCUCCGUCGCCGCCCCACAGAACUGACGCAGUGAGCGCUCGCUCCGCUUACCAUGCGGUGUGCCCGCGUGAAUUGAACCUGAUUAUGACCGUCGUUAUUUGACUCGGCAAGCGCUGAAUUCGGUUCGGUGAACACAGUGAACCUGAUCGGUUCGGUCCGGCUCAAACCAACCCGUCGGCAGCGGUACUGACCCUGGACGGUUCUAGAUGAUUCUUUGAGAUAGAGUGACGGAGAGCCCUCCGAUCAAAUCCGAUCCGACGACUGACGUCUGCCUUGGUGCACCAAUUGGACGAGAUCCGAGUCCCUGACACACAUAAGGCUCGUGUUGUCGUUCGCAUUCCGUCUUCCUCCGUCUCUUAUCCCAUUCCUCGGAACCAGACCGAGAGGUUCCCAGGGGAAGGGACAGGCGAAUCAUCGGUGCGGCCGCUUCUGCCUCCGCCGGUUCAGAGGGAACACAGGAGGUUGAAUUUGCCAUUAUUUUCUCCUUAGCUGCACAGGUCCAUGGCAAUUGUACCAUGUAGAGGUACUUAUGUGCCUCAGUUGGGGGUACAGCCUCAAGCAACACUUAGAAAUGCAUCUCCAGGAUCUUGGCCUUGUUGUAUUACUAAAUUGGUGCUGAUGCCUCAAAUUAGUACUUCAACAAGUAAGUAUCUGGCAUCAUCACAUGCAAGUUUCCUUGCCCCAGUGUCUUCAUCUGCUUUGUUUUAUAAUGGGCCACAUUUAAAUUCUAGGCGCAAUAGGGGAGCACGAUUCAUCGUUAGAGCUGAUCUAGAUUACUAUUCUGUCCUUGGUGUAUCAAGAAAUGCUAGUAAAUCUGAAAUAAAAAGUGCUUACAGGAAGCUUGCAAGGAGUUAUCAUCCUGAUGUGAACAAAGAACCUGGAGCAGAACAGAAAUUCAAGGAGAUCAGCAAUGUAUAUGAGGUCCUGUCAGAUGAUGAAAAGAGGUCAAUAUAUGAUAAGUACGGAGAAGCUGGCCUCAAAGGUGCUGGCAUGGGCACGGGGGAUUAUGGCAACCCAUUUGAUAUCUUUGAAUCAUUAUUUGAAGGCAUGGGAGGGAUGGGAGGAAUGGGUGGGAUGGGAGGAGCAAGAGCUGCUCGCAACAGGCCUAUGCAGGGUGAUGAUGAGAGCUACAAUCUUGUCCUAAAUUUCAAAGAUGCGAUUUUCAGUGUGGAGAAGGAGAUAGAGAUUACACGGCUAGAAAGGUGUGGAACUUGUGAUGGUUCUGGCGCCAAACCUGGCACGAUGCCAAGCAAGUGCAACACCUGUGGAGGUCAAGGUCAGGUUGUCUCUUCGGCAAGGACCCCUCUGGGUGUAUUCCAGCAAGUUAUGACUUGCUCAACUUGCGGAGGUACUGGCGAGUCCUCUACCCCAUGCAGCAGCUGUGGAGGGGAUGGGUGUGUGAGGAAGACAAAGAGGAUAAGCCUGAAAGUUCCAGCCGGAGUCGACUCUGGUAGUCGGCUGAGGGUUCGGUCGGAAGGGAAUGCUGGAAGGCGGGGUGGCCCACCUGGCGACCUGUAUGUGUUCAUCGAAGUUCUAUCAGACCCUGUGCUCAAGAGGGAUGGAACCAACAUUCUCUACACAUGCAAGGUAUCAUAUAUCGAUGCAAUCCUAGGGACUACCAUGAAGGUUCCGACGGUGGAAGGAAAGGUGGACCUGAAGAUUCCUGCUGGGACGCAGCCAGGUACGACCCUAGUUAUGGCUAAGAAGGGGGUUCCAUAUCUUGGAAAGCCAAACAUGAGGGGAGACCAGCUGGUUCGUGUGCAGGUAGAGAUCCCAAAGAGGUUAAGUAGUGAAGAAAAGAAGCUGAUCGAGGAGCUUUCCAACCUCAGCAAGUUUAAGACGGCAAACAGCAGGAGGCAGUAAAAAAAAAAAGAAAAACUAACUUCCCCAUUCAUCGGUGGCUGAAAUAUUCCAGCGUCCUAAAGAAGUGGAACAUUCAUGCAAGUCUUCAGGUGAUGGGGAGUGGUCCUUUUAAUACUAAUGCUUACGAAUUUGGUUAAUCUAGAAAUGAUAAACUCAAGAAUUGAUGAGUGUGAGCAAUAUUGCCUGACUUAGGAUGAGAUAUUAACCAAUUUCAUAUGUUUGAGGAUGAUAUUUCAUACAUAAAUUUUGCAAGGAUUUCAUGGUAAAAGCAAGGAAACACUUUUUAACGGCAAAAAUUGUGCUGCACUGCAAUUUUUCUUAUUGAAGUUGAAUGAAUAUGUUAACUUAUCACAA